CGCUUCCCCUCUGCACUCUCCCGUCCGCUCUGUGGCACGUAGACACUGCCCCCACAAGCCUCCGUCCGCAUCCCCUCCGCACUCUCCCAUCUGCUCUGUGGUAUGUAGAUGCCACCCCUGCGAGUCUCUGUUUGCAUCCCCUCCGCACUCUCCCGUCCGCUCUGUGGAUGGGACUCCCAGCUUCUGGAGACGGGGUUCCUGGGAAUCUUCCUGUGCCCGCUGUGGAGGCUGUCGAGGCUGCCCCAGCACACCCCCACAUCCCGGAUUGUCCUGUGGGGCUUCCGGUGGCUCAUCUUCAGGAUCAUGCUCGGAGCAGGCCUGAUCAAGAUCCAGGGGGACCGGUGCUGGCGAGACCUCACCUGCAUGGACUUCCACUAUGAGACCCAGCCGGUGCCCAAUCCUGUGGCAUACUACCUGCACCACUCGCCCUGGUGGCUCCACCGCUUCGAGACGCUCAGCAACCACUUCAUCGAGCUCCUGGUGCCCUUCUUCCUCUUCCUCGGCCGGCGGGCGUGCAUCAUCCACGGGCUGCUGCAGAUCCUGUUCCAGGGCGUCCUCAUCAUCAGCGGGAACCUCGGCUUCCUGAACUGGCUGACCAUGGUGCCCAGCCUGGCCUGCUUCGAUGACGCCACCCUGGGAUUCUUGUUCCCCUCUGGGCCGGGCAGCCUGAAGGACCAAGUUCUGCAGAUGCAGAGGGAAAUCCGAGGUGCCCGGCCCAAACCCAGAUUCGGCUCCGUGGUGCGGCGUGCAGCCAACGUCUCACUGGGCGUCCUACUGGCCUGGCUCAGCGUGCCCGUGGUCCUCAACUUGCUGAGCUCCAGGCAGGUCAUGAACACCCACUUCAACUCUCUUCACAUCGUCAACGCUUACGGGACCUUCAGAAGCAUCACCAGGGAGCGGAUUGAGGUGAUCCUGCAGGGCACAGCCAGUGCCAACGCCAGCGCCCCCGAUGCCGUGUGGGAGGACUACGAGUUCAAGUGCAAGCCAGGUGACCCCAGCAGACGGCCCUGCCUCAUGUCCCCAUACCACUACCGCCUGGACUGGCUGAUGUGUUUUGCGGCCUUCCAGACCUACGAGCAGAACGACUGGAUCCUCCACCUGGCUGGCAAGCUCCUGGCCAGCGACCCCGAGGCCUUGUCCCUGCUGGCACACAACCCCUUCGCGGGCAGGCCCCCGCCCAGGAUUGAGCAGCCCCCUGGAGGGAGUAGGAACAGAGCAGAGUCUGGACUGCCCACCCCUCCCCUGCACCAUCAGCCACCGAUUCUGAACGAAAACACAGCUCUGGAUUUUCCCUCCAAGAACACUCGGGAACCGGGACAGCUGCACCCUCUGGAGUUGCUCACAGCUGCCUGGAGGCCCCAGCCAAGGAGCUGGAGGGCGGGGACGGGAGGGGCGCCGAGGUCCACAGAGGCAGUGGAGCAGCUGGGCCCGAGUCUGGCAGCCCAGGCAGGGUGCUCCUGGCCAAGCGAUGCUUCCGGGGCUGCUUCCCCAGCACGGGUAUUACAGGGAGGUGGGGCAGAGGGGCGAUGGGGUCCCUCCUCGGGCCCGGCCUCAGGCAGUCCAGGGGAGUCUCCAUCCCAGAGCCUCUGGUGGGGUGGCCACCCUCCUAGCUGGCGCCCUCAGACAGGGCCACCUUCCUGUGAAUUAGCAUCAAGCCCCAUGUGACUUGCCUGCCAUGUGGCCACCAGCAGCCCUGGAACUCUGAGGCCUUGGAGCCUGGACAGGCAGCCGUUCACCUGGCUCACUGGGGACCAGGCCCCAGAGCUCGUCCUUCCAGGCUCAAUACGGGUCUUCUCUGUUACUGCCCCGUCUCAGCAGCCUUCAGAGCCCCCCAGCCCCCACCCCAGAUCGCGGCCUCCUGGGUGCCUGGGGACCCUGGAGCUGGCCUGGAGGAAGGUUUGCCAUCAUCAGGUCGUGACGGAAGCCUCUUCUGGUGAAGGGCACAGUCGGAUCGUCUUGUUUCUCCGCCAGGAGGUGUUGGGAAAAGUAAUCAUGUCAGAGCAGUUUCACGUCCAUCCAUGGGUCCCAAAGUCUACCUAAAAGGAUGGAUACUGUGAAAACCAAGUGUGAGAAGCAGUAACUAUGUUAUAUGAACCAGUAAUGAGUUAACAUUUAGGGAAAACAUUUAAAACAUCUGAAAUACUGAACAUCGCCACACAGCACAUCUCUCCCGUCUCCAUGAUACAUGUGUUUGGCAGCCGGAGCAGGUGGUACCAUGACAGGCCGUGGCCUAACCGUGGGCCUGCAUUCAGUUCAUUGACUUUAAAACUGGAAGAUGGAGAAGACACUUAUCCCUGUUCCUCCCACUAAGUGCAACCAAGAUCCCUGGACGUUACACAUGAAACAGGAAGACUGAAGGUGAGAGAGGAGCCACCAGCAGGGCCCCUGGACGUUACACAUGAAACAGGAAGACUGAAGGUGAGAGAGGAGCCACCAGCAGGGCCCUGGACGUUACACAUGAAACAGGAAGACUGAAGGUGAGAGAGGAGCCACCAGCAGGGCUCCCGGACGUCACACAUGAAACAGGAAGACUGAAGGUGAGAGAGGAGCCACCAGCAGGGCCCCCGGACGUCACACAUGAAACAGGAAGACUGAAGGUGAGAGAGGAGCCACCAGCAGGGCCCCUGGACGUCACACAUGAAACAGGAAGACUGAAGGUGAGAGAGGAGCCACCAGCAGGGCCCCUGGACGUCACACAUGAAACAGGAAGACUGAAGGUGAGAGAGGAGCCACCAGCAGGGCCCCUGGACGUCACACAUGAAACAGGAAGACUGAAGGUGAGAGAGGAGCCACCAGCAGGGCCCCUGGACGUCACACAUGAAACAGGAAGACUGAAGGUGAGAGAGGAGCCACCAGCAGGGCCCCUGGACGUUACACAUGAAACAGGAAGACUGAAGGUGAGAGAGGAGCCACCAGCAGGGCCCCUGGACGUUACACAUGAAACAGGAAGACUGAAGGUGAGAGAGGAGCCACCAGCAGGGCCCCUGGACGUUACACAUGAAACAGGAAGACUGAAGGUGAGAGAGGAGCCACCAGCAGGGCCCCUGGACGUCACACAUGAAACAGGAAGACUGAAGGUGAGAGAGGAGCCACCAGCAGGGCCCCUGGACGUUACACAUGAAACAGGAAGACUGAAGGUGAGAGAGGAGCCACCAGCAGGGCCCCUGGACGUCACACAUGAAACAGGAAGACUGAAGGUGAGAGAGGAGCCACCAGCAGGGCCCCUGGACGUUACACAUGAAACAGGAAGACUGAAGGUGAGAGAAGAGAGCCACCAGCAGGGCCCUCGGGACGGAGCCAUGGCCCCAAAAUGGCAGUGACUGCCUAGGCUUACUUUUGACCUCAUUUUCUAGACUUGGAGGUGAGGAAACUGGAAACCCAGUAAUGCCAGCAGAUACAGACAAGAAACACCUCAACAAAAAUCCGCUCUUUCUGGCUAAAGGGCCAGAAAAGAGCAGCCUAGCAAGACAGGAAAUUUACAGAAAAUAAUCACCACUCCAGGCAACACCACAGAAAAAGCCAUGGCCCCACCCACACCGGCAAGGUAUGGAGUAGGGAGCCUGGACUCUCCUCCACACAGCUUGCUGGGGUGCUACCAGAGGAGGCCAAGUAGGAAGCUGAGAUUUUCAUCCAAGUGGGCAGGAAGGACCCGCCGCUUCUGUGGUGUCAGCGGAGACCACCGGAGGAGCCUGGACUCCCCCAACCCCUGGCAGUACUGAAGGGCUCCUCCCCUCCAGAGUGGUAUUACGUAAUAACUAGCAGAAAGUCAGGACCUUCACCACCACCCAGCAGUGACUAGGCUACCCCCGCCAUAGGGUCAUGGAGGCCUAGUGCAGAGCCACAACUCCCACCCUACCCAGAAACAACAAGGAAUACCCCCAAUGCAUCCACUGGAGUUCUACCCCAACCUGGCAGGAGCAAGGCAAUACCCCCAUCUCUACCAGCAUGAGGUCAGAAGAAGUCAUCUAAAGCAGAAGGUUUAAAUAAGAUCCAAAAUCUCCUAAUACACCAAAGUCUUCAGUUUUCAAUGGAAAAAUUACUUGUCUCAGCAGGAAACAGGAAGACAUUGAACUGGUGAAAAAGGGCAGUCGACAGAUGAUAGCACCAAGAUGAGAGAGGUAUUAGAGUGACUUCACAGAGAUGUGGAUGCAGCCAUCGAAAACGCAUUCAGUAAGCAAUUAUGAACACAACUGAUAAAAAAUACAGCCUCGGCAAAGAAAUAGAUUUUUUAAAGAACCAAAUGAAAAAUUUAGAAGUGAAAAAUAUAACUGAUAUAAAACACUCAACAUCUGAAUGGCGAGGACAGAGGAAAGAAUCAAUAAACUUAAACAUAGAAAGUACCCAGUGGGAACAAGAGAGAGGACAUAGACGGGGAAAAACAGCAAGAGCCUCAGGGAUCUGUGGGACUGAGACUGUAACAAAAGAUCCAGAAUUCAUGUCAUCAAAGUCCUAGGAGGAAGAGAGAGUGAGCUUUAGGGCUGAAAAUGUACUUGGAGAAAUAAGAACUGAAAACUUCCCAAAUUUGGCAAAAGGGACAAACCUACUGAGUCAAUAAACUGAGUAAACCCUAAAUAGGAAAAACCCAAAGAAAUUCAAACCUAAACACAUCAAAGUCAAAUUUCUAAAAACCAGAGAUAAUAAAACAUUGCCAGCCUGGCCAACAUGGUGAAACCUCGUCUCUACAAAAAUAAAAAUUAGCGAGUAUGGUGCCACACGCCUGUAAUCCGAGUUACUCAGGAAGCUGAGCAGGAGAAUUGCUUGAACCUGGGAGGCAGAGCUUGCAGUGAGCCGAGAUCACACCAUUGCACUCCAGCCUGGGCAACAGAGCGAGACUCAGUCUCAAAAAAAAAGAAAAAAGAAAAAACAUGGGUAAAUACAAUAGACAUUCCUUCUCUUGAGUUCCAAUCAUGUUUGAUGGUUAAGCAAAGGCUAUAAAACUGUCUGAAGUAGUUCAAAGUUUAUGUAGAGGAAGUAGUUAAGAUAAUUAUAAAUGGAUGAGGGCAAACGGACAUAGAGGUGAGGUUUCUAUACUUAACUUGAAGUGGUAAAAUGACAUCAGUAGACUCUAAGUUACGUGCCAAGAACAGCCAGUAAAAAACAACCUAUAUUAAGAGAUACAUUGGAACACAGUAUUGACAAAUCAAAACGGAAUUCUAAAACACUUACAUAACCCAUAGGAAAGCAGGUUGGAAAACAAAGAAAUCAGAAACAGAACAGAUGAGAAGACGUAAAAUGAUCGACUUUAUAUUCAAUGUAAAUGGUCUAAAUAAGCCAAUUAAAAGAUAAAGACUGGCCAGGUGCAGUGGCUCACUCCUGUAAUGUCAGCACUUUGGGAGCUGAGGCAGGUGUAUCACUUGAACUCAGGAGUUCAAAAUCAGCCUGGCCAUCAUGGCAAAACCCUCUCUUUACUAAAAAUACAAAUAUUAGCCAGGCAUGGUAGUGCAUGCCUGUAAUCCCAGCUACUCGGGAGGCCGAGGCUACAGUGAGCCAAGACAUGUCACUGCACUCCAGCCUGGGCAACACAAGACCCUCUCUCAAAAAAAAAAAAAAAAAAAAGAUAGUAACUUAAAUAUAUGCAUAAUGAGCUUAUGCCCUGAUAAAUGCAGCAUAAGUUGAAAAUGUAAGUCAAAAAUGCGUUUAGUACACCUACCAAACAUCAGUCGUAGCUUAGCCUAGCCUGCCACCUUAAACAUGCUCAGAACACUUACAUUAGACUACACUGGGCAAAAUCAUCUAGCACAGGCCUGUUUUAUAAUACAGUGUUGAAUAUCUUAUGUAAUUUAUUGAAUACUGUAUGAAAGUGAAAACAGGAUAGUUGUCUGGGCACUCAAAGUGCGGUUUCUACCGAGGUGCAUAUCACUCACACCAUUGGAAAGCUGAAAAACUGUCAGUUGAACUCUCUUAAGUUAGGGACCAUCUGUAUAGGCAGGUUGAAAGUAAAUGGAUAGAAAAAAAUAUGUGAAUAUUAAUGAAAAUAAAGGAUUCAUUGUAUUAACCUGAAAGUAGACCUCAGUGCAAAAAUUAUCACAAAGACGGACAAUGAGAAAAGAAUCAACCCACCAAACAGACGUAGCAAUCCUAAGUGUGUGCACUAAGCACGGAUCUGCAAAACGUGAAGAAAAAAAAGAACUGAAAGGAGAGCUCAACAAAUCAACAAUUACGGCUGGAUGUUUCAACACCCUUCUCUUAACAGUUGAUAGAAUAACUAGAUGGAAAUUCAGCAAGAACAUAAAGGAGCAGCAUCAUCGACAGACAGGGCCUAAUGAUGUUUAUAGAAUAUGCCACCCAUUGCACUGAAUGACAUGUCACAUUUUCUGGGAUGUAGUUAAACUAGUGAUGAGAGAGAAAGCACCAAAUGCAUAACAUUAGAAAACAGACGUGAGAGGUUAGAAAAGAGGAAGGAUCUCAAAUCAAUAAUCUGACUUCAGCUGGGUGCCGUGGACGCACCUGUAGUCCCAGCUACUCAGGAGGCUGAGGUGGGAGGACUGUUUGAACCCAGGACGUUGAUGCCAGCCUCUUGCUAUCAGGCAACACAGGAAGACCCCGUCUCUUAAAAAAAAAAAAAAAAAAGAAUAAUCUAAGCCCAAGAUUACAUGAAUAACUAGGAAAAAAUUUAAAGCAAGGAGCAGUAAGAAAAUAAUAAAAAGCAGAAAAUGAAAUUGAAAACAAACAAUAGAGAAACUUAUUGAAACAAAGAGAUGGUUCUUUUAAAAGACCAAUAAAAUCAGCAACCCUCUAGUAAGAAUAACAAAAGGAGAAGAUACGAUUGCCAAUAUCAAAGAUGAAAAAAGGUUGGGUGUGGUGGCUCAUGCCUGAAAUCACCACACUUUGGGAGGCCAAGGCGGGUGGAUCACCUGAGCUCAGGAGUUCAAGACCAGCGUGGCCAACAUGGUGAAACCCGGUCUCUACUAAAAAUACAAAAACUUAGCUGGGCAUGGUGGCACGCACCUGUAAUCCCAGCUACUUGGGAGGCUGAAACACGAGAAUCACUCGAGCCAAGACUGCACCACUGCACUCCAGCCUGGGCGACACCACGAGACUCUGUCUCGAAACGAAAAAGAGAUAUCACUACAGACUCUGCAAUCUGAAAAGGAUAAUAAGGGAAUACGACAAACAUCUACAUACAUAAAUUUUAUAACUUGGAUGAAAUAGACCAAUUUCUCAAAAAACACAAACUACCACAACUCACCUGGUAUGAAAUAAUAAUUUAAAUAACCCUAUAACUAGAAAUUGAAUUUGUAAUUUUAAACUCCAAAAAGAAAUAUCCAGGCUCAGAUGGUUUCACUGGAGAAUUCUAAGAUUAAUUUCCCAGGAAAUAGAAGAGAAGGAAAAGCAUCAAUUUAUGUUUUGUUUAUUUAUUUAUUUAUUUAUUUGAGACAGGUUCUCACUCUGUCACCCAGGCUGGAGUGCAAUGGCACAAACAUGGCUCACUGCAGCCUCGACCUCCUGAGCUCAAAUUAUCCUCCCGCCUCAGCCUCCCGGGUAGCUGGGACCACAGGCCCACACCACCACGCCUCACUAAUUUUUUUAGUUUUUGUAGAGACAGGGUCUUGCCAUGGUGCCCUGGCUGGUCCCAACCUCCUGGGCUCAGGCAGUCCUCCCACCUCAAAGUGCUGGGAUUACAAGCGUGAGCCACUGUGCCCGGCCUUAAUUUCUUUUAUGAAGCUAGUGGUUCUCUGAUACCAAAACCAGACAAAGAUAAUACAAGAAAAUAGUAUUACAAGCCCAUAUACCUCAGUGAUACACAAAAGUUUUUAACAAAUAGACUGGGCACCGUGGCUCACGCCUGUAAUCACAACACUUUGGGAGGCCAAGGCGAGCGGAUCACCUGAGGUCAGGAGUUCAACACCAGCCUGGCCAACAUGGUGAAACCCCGUCUCUGCUAAAAACACAAAAAUUAGCCGGGCAUGGUGGCAGGUGCCUGUAAUCCCAGCUACUCGGGAGGUGGAGGUUGCAGUGAGUGGAGAUCGUGCCACUGCACUCCAGCCUGGGCAACAGAGUGAGACUCUGCCUCAAAAAAAAAAAAUUACUAAAUAGAAUUUGGCAAUAUAUAACAAAGAAUUCUACACCAUGACCAAGUAGGGAUUAUUCCAGGGAUAAAGGUUGGUUCUGUAUUUGAGAAUCAGUCGAUGUGAUCCACAUGUUACCAGCUAACGAAGAUAACUCACAUGAUCACAUCUGUCACUGUGGGGAAGGCACUUAACAAGUUUAACAUCUAUUCAUGAUUUAAACUUGGAAAAAUAGAGAAGAAGAGGAACUUCCUCAGCUGGAUAAAGAACAUCUGCACAAGCCCUGCAGCCAGCAUUCUCCUCGAGGGGAAGGAAUCACCCUUCACCCUUUCAGAUCCGAAACAAGAAAGGACGUCUGCUCUAACCAUCAGAUCCGGCACGGUGCUGGAAGCACUGGCCACUGCAGUAUGGCAGGACAAGGAAAGAAAAGGCAUGUCAAUCACAAAGGAAGAAACGAAACUGUGCCUGUUUACAGAUGACGUCGUUGUCUUUGUAGGAAAUCCCAAAGCAUCCACCAAAAACACGCCUAGAAUUAUUAAGUGAGGCCGGGCGCAGUGGCUUACACCUGCAAUCCCAGCACUGUGGGAGGCCAAGGCAGGCCAAUCACCUGAGGUCGGGAGUUCAAGACUAGCCUGACUAACAUGGAGAAACCCUGUCUCUACUAAAAAAAAAAUACAAAUUAGCCGGGCGUGGUGACGCAUGCCUGUAAUCCCAGCUACUCGGGAGGCUGAGGUAGGAGAAUUGCUUGAACCUGGGAGGCA